AUGGCAACUGAAGAAAACACUUCAGAAUGUUCACUACUUGAUCCCUUUGUUCCUUUAGAAGAUAUGGAAUCUGUUUGUCUAGAAGAUAACGACAACUUUUUAGACAGCAUGAUUAAUGAAUUAUUAUUUAAAAACGACGAUCAACUAUUAGAAGAAGCCAUAGCCGGUGAAAGCUUUUCCCUUUCCCUAUUUGAUGAUGUCAACGAGGUGCUUCCCCGGCCAUUAGAAAUAAGUAUGGAGAAUGACACUUCUGAGCCUUUGAGUAUCUCCGAGAUGUCUUCACACAUGAUCAACGAAAACAAGUGUAAAAAGACCCCCAAAAAUCCGCGAAGUGAAGGUAAACACUUUGUCCAGAGUCCUCAUGCUUUAAUCACCCACGACCACAUUCAGAAACGAGAAGAAAAAUUCCCAUGUCCCAAAUGUGAGAAAGUUUAUCAAACGGCAUAUCCUUUAAAAGCUCAUCUCAGGAGGCACUCCGGGGAGAAACCAUUCAUCUGCAACUGGUUGAACUGCACUUGGAGAUUUGCAAGAUCUGAUGAACUCGCUAGACAUAAAGAUUCUCACUCAGGAGUUAAACCUUACAAGUGCGAAUUUUGUGAAAAGGCUUUUGUAAGAUCUGACCACCUGUCUAGACACAUAAAAGUCCAUAUGAAACAUAAUAGCCAAUAUGGAACAUACGACAUAAGAAAGCGUGCAAAAUAAGAAAGUGUGUUAGGAAAGAUGUAAAGACUUUUUGCACUGAAUAAACUUAAGUGAUUUUUUUAACUCUAUUGCUGGAAUAAAUCCGGAUAUUAAUAUUUUUAAUUUUAGAUUUAAUAAUUAAAAUUAAUUGAUUUCUUAACACAAUAUUACAUUUGUACAGUGCACUUCCUAGCACUUUCCUGUUGUUUACACAUGGCAAGUUUAGUGGCCGCAAGUACUUUCAGCCAGUAAACUUGCCAAAUGUAAAUGAGGAUAUUGAUAAUGAUGACAACCUGCUCACCAACAAAGAGGAUAUCCUGUUACGAUGAGUUAAGCUUCAGUUACAUUUGGCAAGUUCACUGGCUGAAAGUAGUUGGGGCCACUAAACUUGCCAUGUGUAAACAACAGGAAAGUGCUAACAAGUGUACUUUCCUAUACAAGUCAUUUGUAUUUGAGUGGUGUCGUUACGUUUCCAGUACAGGUAGAAAGUAAUAAAUGUUAAUCUACUUAUUGUAUA